UGAUUUCAGCUGAUCGACACUGAAAAGUCGUUUCAACAUUAAUUGAAGUUUAUUUUAUAAGCUCUAUAAUUUCUGUUAAAUUGUGUAAUUCGAUGAGCUGAAUUGAAGAAACAUUGACAAAUCGAACAAGCAUGGCAGUAAUUCAUAAUAAUCCUGAUUACUAUUUGAUUGAUCACAGAGAUUUUAUAACAAAUAUUUAUAGAAACGCUAAAAUUGAUGAGAAUGAAUCGUUUUCAUUUAGUAUGUUAAAAAAACUUUUUUCUAUUAUAAAUGUUGAGAAGAAUCAAAGCAAUAGGAAGAGGUCUCAUAACUCUGACGAUUUUCAUAAAGAGACAUUAACAGUAAAAGAAAAAUAUGAAAGUUUUAUUCAAAAAGUGCCUUUGGGAAUUAAAGAAGCUCUUAUUAAGAAAUACAAACUAUUAGAGACGUCGGAAGUAAGAGAUCUUUCCAAACAACUAUUUGAAGCAACAGUUUUUGACUUCAACAACAUUAAAGGUGGUAACAAUGCUGAGACAUCUAUCAAAUGUAGCAUAAAAGACAAUAAUUUCUUGAUACCACCUAAUUCAAGGUUCUUCUGUGGUUGUGUAAAAGAGCAAUGUUUAAAAUUAGAAGGCCUCAAGUUUGACAUUGUGGUAGCCGACCCCCCCUGGUGGAACAAGUAUAUAAGAAGGCUGAAGAGUGCUAAUGACAAGUUGAGCUACUCAAUGAUGUAUAAUGAAGACAUAGCAGCAAUACCUGUAAAAAACCUUCUUUCAGAAAACUGUUUAGUGGUUGUAUGGUGUACAAAUGCUCCCAGCAAUAUUGCCGCAGUCAAAAACAUAAUAUUUCCCAAAUGGGGGGUUGAGUAUAUUGCCACUUGGUACUGGCUGAAAGUGACGGUAGAUUUGCAGCCCAUAUGCGGCUUUGGCUCAGGUAGUAAGAAGCAGCCAUAUGAAAGAAUUAUUUUGGGAAAAGUUGGGGAAGUGAAGGAGGUACCAGAUGCUCAUUUAGUGGUCAGUGUGCCUAGUGCAUUGCAUUCCCAUAAACCACCAUUAUUAGAUCUUUUAUCUCCUCUUGUGAAGACAGAAAACCCACAGGCUUUAGAAUUAUUUGCAAGGUACCUCUUGCCAAAUACAACCAGUGUUGGUUAUGAGCCAUUGAAAUGGCAACAUGAGUCACUGUAUGAGAAAGUAUCAUGACGGGAAUAAAAAUACAGAUAGACAAA